AUGGACACGGGGGACAGGGGACGACGCAGCCCCCCCCGGCUGGCACAGGCCCAGCGCCGCCGGGACCUGGAGGAGGAGCUGCGGGACCUCAGCAGCCAGGUGGCAGCGUUAGGGCGGAGCCUGGCGGCAGAACGUGGGCGGAGCCUGAUGGAGGGCGGGGCUCUGCGGGCGCUGGAGAUCGCGGUGGGCGGAGCCCAGGCCCGGGUGGGCGGAGCCUGUCGGGCCCUGGACCGGGCCAAGGAGCGGCUGCGGCUGCAGCAGGAGGCGGGGCAGCUUCUGUGGGUGGAGCUGGAGGCCGCUCGUGCUGCCAAGGUCGGGGCGGAGCUCCGGGCACAGGAGGCGGAGUCUCAGUGCCAGGCCCGGGGGGCGGAGCUGGAGCGGCUGCGCCAGGCGGUGCAGGCUGCCCAGCUCUCCCGGCGCCGGGCGGAGCAGGAGCGCGACCAGGUGGCUGCAAAGGUGGGCCACGCCCUCCAGACCAGCGCCCCCGCUGGGGACCCCGCGGCGCUGCAGGCGGCGCUGGAGGAGCUGCGGGAGCACAACCGGGACCUGCGGGAGCACCUGAGCCAGCGGCUGGGCCAGGUGGAGGAGCUGCGGCGGGCGCUGGUGGCCGCGGGCUCGCGGGCUCAGGACGCGCAGGCCGCGCUGGCCCGGCUGGCGCAGGAGCAGCGGCGGCUGCGGGAGCGGCUGCGGCACCCCCGGGACCCCCCCGGGACCCCCGAGCCCGCCCUGCGCGCCCGCUGCGCCCACCUGCAGGAGCUGCUGCGGCGAGAGGGGGGGGCGCGGCUGGCCCUGUCCCGGGCUGCGCGUGCCACCGGCCGGCGCCUGCGGCUGUUGGUGGCCGAGGCGGAGGAGCAGCGGCUGCUGGGGGAGCGCUACCGGCUGCAGGCCCGUGCCACCGAGGCCGCUGGCCGGCUCCUGGCUGAGCAGGUGGCCGCGGUGGCCGCGGGCACGGCCCAAGCGCUGGCCCAGGGCCACCACCUGCGCCGGGAGCUCGAGGACGUCGGGGACGGGGCCGCGGCCACCGCCAGGGACGUGGCCGUGCUCAGGGCACGCCUCAGGUGUGACCCCAUGAACCUGUCCCGCAUGGUCCGGCGGAUGCUGCGGGAUGGGGACGACUCCGAGGACAGCGGGGACAGCGGGGACAGCGGGACCCCGCCCGGAGCCCCCCUGGAACCCACCCCCAGCACCGGGGGCACCCCCUGA